CAGGGUAAUCGCAUACUCAAUCGCUGGUAAUCAUGAGACUGUUUGUCUGUCUCCUUUCUCUGGUAACCGUGCUCAGCAGUGCAGAAUGUGGGAAUAUAUUAAUCUGGCCCACUGAGGGCAGUCAUUGGAUUAAUCUGAAAAUUGUGUUGGAAACUUUGAUGGACAGGGGACACAGUGUAACUGUGUUGAUGCCGAACUCGUCUCUUUACAUGGAUGUUAAAGAAACGGAUCACUUUGCGUAUCACCGCUAUAAUGUGUCCAUCUCUGAAAAGACCAUGCAUUAUUUCCUUGAGGAAUUUCUCCAUUUCACAAUGUAUGAGAUGGACCAAUUGAAUCUAUUGCAGAUUCAUAUGAAAUUCUACCAGCUUUUCUCCAAAGAUCUGGAUUUGUGUCUUUUAUACUGUGACGGCAUUCUCAGAUCUCCAGGGUUGAUUGACAAAUUGCGGCAUGAAAAAUUUGAUGUAAUUCUGUCCGACCCGAUCUACCCAUGCAGUGAUUUAGUAGCUGAACAGCUGAACAUUCCCUUGGUGUACACGUUACGAUUCUCCAUCGCUCACACUCUAGAGCGGUUGUGUGGUCAGAUACCGGCUCCACCAUCAUUUGUUCCUGGAGCCAUGAGUAAACUCACAGACAGGAUGAGCUUUACGGAGCGAAUCCUCAACAUGCUCUUCUACCUUUCUCAAGAUGUUUUGGCCAUUAAUCUGUGGAAAAAAUAUGACAAAUACUACACUGAAUAUUUAGGACGACCCACUUCCUUUUGUGAGAUGAUGGGUAAAGCUGAUAUCUGGCUAAUCCGAACCUACUGGGAUUUUGAGUUUCCUCGGCCAUUCCUGCCCAACUUCAAAUAUAUUGGAGGGAUUCACUGCACCCCUGCCAAGCCUCUACCCAAGGAUAUGGAGGAGUUUGUGCAGAGCUCUGGUGAUGAUGGGAUAGUUGUGUUCACUCUGGGGUCUAUGGUAAAGAACAUAACCAAAGAGAGGAGCAAUACGAUCGCCUCUGCUUUGGCACAGAUACCUCAGAAGGUCUUAUGGCGAUAUGCUGGAGACAAGCCAGAUACUCUUGGUGCAAACACCAGAAUCUAUAACUGGAUCCCUCAGAAUGAUUUAUUGGGUCACCCCAAAACCAAAGCAUUCAUUACACAUGGGGGAACUCACGGCAUAUAUGAGGCCAUAUAUCAUGGUGUUCCAAUAGUCGGGAUCCCCUUGUUUGCAGAUCAGCCAGAUAACUUGGCCCAUAUGAAGGCCAAGGGGGCUGCCGUUGUCAUGGACUUCAACAGCAUGCAGACUCAAGACCUGGUGGACGGACUCAACAAUGUCAUUAACAACACCUUGUAUAAAGAGAAUGCCAUGCGUUUGUCCAGGAUUCAUCAUGACAGACCAAUGAAGCCUUUAGAUGAAGCAGUGUUCUGGAUAGAGUUUGUCAUGCGUAAUAAAGGUGCCAAACACCUGCGUGUGGCGGCCCACAACCUUACCUGGUACCAGUAUCACUGUCUGGAUGUGUUCGCUUUUCUCAUCACUAUAGUGACUGUAGUCCUCUACAUCUUCUAUAAAAUGUGUAAAUCCUUCAUAAUGCGUUGCUGUUUUAGAUCAAAUCGUAAAAGUAAAAAAGAGUGAUUCGUUUUUUUUUUCUUCUUUGAAUUGAACAUUGUGUGCUAAAUUUUUUAAAUGCUUCAUUUAAACUUAAUUAAAACAUUGGACUGAACAUAAAUCUGCACAAAUUUUAUGGAAGGAUUUGCAGCACAACCAAUAUCUAUGCUGGUUAUGGCCCUGGUACUUUGGGCCUGAGGUAGGAAAAUAUGAUUUCCUGAAAUUGCAGAAACUUUUUCAAUUUGAAAUAAUGCAAAAACAAAACAAAAAAAUACAAUUAAAUAAGAAAUACAAUUAAAAUGCUGAGAAAAUAAACACUUUGCUGAGUACAUAUAAAUAA